AUGGUGAAGGCGUAUUUUGAUUCUGAUGGGUCCGUCAAGCAGCUCUCCCGAUUUCUAGGUCUCAAACACAAUAAUGAAUUGGCAAAACAAGAUUCCCAAGUUGAGGAGUUGGAAACUUCUCUGGACCAAAGGCUGUUGGCAAUGGCUGAAGACCACAUCCAAACUUUUCGGGGGGCACUGGGUCUUGACCGCGACGAUCAGAACGCCGUUGCCCUCUACGGAAGGCGGCGAUACACAAUGCACACAGUUCCGCCUCUCAAAGAUCGCUCCUUGCUCAUCGGCAAGUGUUACGUGAAUGGAGAAUGGGUUGACGCGAGAAGUGGAGAAACCUUUGAGGUUCAUGACCCUUCGACGGGCAAGCUCAUCGGAACAUGCCCCGAAUUCACUGCUGAGGACACACAGAAAGCCAUUGACGCGGCAGUCGCAGCAUUUCCCUCGUUCCGCAAGACCUUGGCCAGAGAUCGAGCUCGUAUGCUGCGAAAGUGGUAUCAAUUGAUGAUGGACAACGCUGAAGAUUUGGCGACCCUGAUUACAUGGGAAAACGGGAAGCCAUAUGCAGACGCAAAGGGUGAGGCAGCUUAUGCUGCCAACUUCUUCGAGUGGUUCAGCGAAGAGGCUCCCCGCAUCUAUGGAGAUACUAUUCCAUCUUCGGUGCCAGGAAACAGGAUUAUAACUCUAAAGGAGCCCGUGGGCGUAUGUGGAUUCAUCACACCGUGGAAUUUCCCUGCGGCCAUGGUUACUAGGAAAAUUGGGCCAGCAUUAGCAGCUGGAUGUACCGUUGUGUCCAAGUCUCCGGGUGAGACACCCUUCACAGCAAACGCUAUCGCAGAAUUAGCGCAUCGCGCCGGUAUUCCCAAGGGAGUUGUCAACUUUGUAACGUCUUUGAAGAACACUCCGGAUAUUGGUCGAUGCUUAACCACCAGCCCUGAGAUUCGCAAGGUCUCCUUCACCGGGUCUACCGGCGUGGGGAAACUACUCAUGAAACAAUCUGCGGACACUGUGAAGAAGCUCUCCUUUGAACUAGGCGGAAAUGCCCCAUUUAUUGUGUUUGAUGACUGCCCUGAUCUUGACGCCGCCGUUGCCGGAGCCAUCGCUUCCAAAUUCCGCAGCUCUGGACAAACCUGCGUUUGUGCUAAUCGCAUCUAUAUCCAAAAAGGUGUGUAUGAUGAGUUUGCGGCUAAAUUCGCUGAGAAAGUGAAAGGUUUCAAACUCGGCCAUGGGUUUGACGAAGGUGUCACACACGGCCCUGUGAUUCACUCACGCGCAAUCGACAAAGUCACUCAGCAUGUUUGUGAUGCAGAAUCAAAGGGCGCAAAGAUCAUCAUAGGCGGCAAGGCAGCUAGUGUAUUUGGCCCGAACUUUUUCGAGCCUACAGUUAUGACCGGUAUGACCAGGGACAUGUUACUUGCAACCGAGGAGACUUUUGGGCCAGUUGCGGGGCUUUUUUCGUUCGACUCUGAGAAAGAAGUUAUUGAGCUGGCCAACAAGGCCGAAGUGGGAUUGGCUGCGUACUUUUUCAGUAAGGAUGUCCGACGAGUAUAUCGAAUCGCUGAAGCUCUUGAGGUGGGCAUGGUUGGCGUGAAUACGGGAAUCAUCAGCGAUCCUGCAGCACCAUUUGGUGGAGUGAAAGAGAGCGGAUUUGGCCGUGAAGGCAGUAAAUACGGUAUUGAUGAAGUCCUCACCGUCAAGACAAUCACUUUGGGUGGUAUGGGAGCGGAGCUUCAGGGGUGA